ACAGGGCAGGAGAGAGAGACAGGGAAGGAGAGAAGGCAGGAGAGAGAGAGCAACAGGGCAGGAGAGAGACAGAAAGGGGGAGAGGGAGAGCACAAUAAAUCUGAGAGAGGAAAAGGCAUUCCUACACGACUGACCAUGAGAAUGAUAAACUCCACUAACUCCUCACAGGAUUCAUGGAGAUACGAGUGGGAAUAUUACUACGAUUACCUAGACCCAAUACCAGUGGACGAGCGCAAACUGAAAUAUAACAAGUACUUGAUAGUGAUCGUAUUCUGGAUCAGUCUGGCUGCUUUUGUGGGAUUCCUGUUUGCCAUUUUGACUUUCAUGUCCCGUUCAGUCAGUCUACCCAAUUCCAAAACGGCCAAGAAAUCGUGGAGGAACCCUAGAUCCAAUUCUGCUUGAUGGAGAAAACGUGAUCUGUUUUCUGCUUGAUCCCCAAACCCCUCUGAAAGACACACACACGUUGAGAGCACAAGGCAGCCAGUGCAGAGCCCAAAGAGCCAUUUUUUUUUAGGGGUUAAGUGCCUCAAUUAAGGACACACUGCCAGGAUAUGGCAUUUGGACCACCACUGCUGUGAUCUGAUGGAGCAUUUCUCAACUCUACAGAACU